AUGUUAAGAAUACAACAACUAACGGUAAAAGCUCGUCGGUCUUUAUUGAAUCGUGUUCAAAAUAGAGGUUAUCAUGACAAUCAUAUUUAUGGUUACCGUGCACCAAAACCAUAUGUAUUACCAGACUAUACUCAAACAGAACUAAACAAUAGAAUGGAAAAUGGUAGUCUCUUACGUAUGGUACAAGCUUAUAGAACUCAUGGUCACCGUGGUGCUCAAUUAGAUCCUUUGGAUUUCAUGAAAAGAGAAGAAGUCUUGGCGUUAAAACCAGAAAGAUAUGGAUUAACUGAUGAAAACAAAAUAUAUAAUGUAUCCGGUAUUCUCCAUGUGACAGAAUCCAAACAAGAUCCAUCUGCUAAAGAAGAAGCUGAUUUCAAAACUAUCUUGAAUCAUUUAAAUGCAACCUACUGUGGAAAUAUUGCCUAUGAAUUUAUGCAUCUUCCAUCUGCAAGUGAACGAAGAUGGUGGUAUCAUGCUGUUGAAUCUUGGACAAAACCUCAACUUUCUGUGGAUGAAAAGAAACGUAUUCAUCAAUUAUUAUCUCAAUCAGAAACAUUUGACCAUUUCCUUGCCAAAAAAUUCCCCAAUUUGAAACGGUAUGGUUUGGAAGGUGCAGAAAGUAUGAUGGUAGCAUUAGAUCGUCUCUUUGGUCUUUCAGCAAAAGAGGGUGUACGUGAUAUCAUUGUGGGAAUGCCUCAUCGUGGUCGUUUGAAUUUACUAUGUGAUCUAUUGGAAUAUCCUCAUGCUGCUCUUUUCCACAAGAUGAAAGGUCAAUCUGAAUUACCUGAAAAUACCUUCCAUUCUGCUGAUGUUAUCUCUCAUUUGGUGAAUAAUCCUGAUCUUGAUUAUAAUGGCAAUCCAGUUCAUGUCUCCCUUUUGAGCAAUCCUUCUCAUUUGGAAGCCAUUAAUCCUGUGGCAAUGGGUAAGGCUCGAGCUAAGCAAACCGAGCUCUUAUCUACUAUUGCUACUGGUGAUGAUGCUUGUUCAUUGGGUGAUCGUGUUUUAUGUGUCCAAUUACACGGUGAUGCUGCUUUUACAGGUCAAGGUGUGGUGAUGGAAUCUCUUGGAAUGUCUAAUUUGCCUCAUUAUUCUUCUGGUGGUUCGGUUCAUAUUGUUGUUAAUAACCAAUUGGGUUAUACUACUCCUGCUCAAAACGCUCGAUCUACCGCUUAUUGUUCUGAUGUUGGAAAAAUGAUCAAUAUUCCUGUGGUUCAUGUCAAUGGUGAUCAUCCUGAAGAUGUGGCUCGGGCUAUGGAUUUGGUCUUUGAAUAUAGAAACAAAUUCAGAAAGGAUAUCAUUCUUGAUCUUAUGUGUUAUCGUCGAUGGGGCCAUAAUGAAUUAGAUGAACCUGCAUUCACUCAACCACAAAUGUACAAUAAUAUUCGUUUACGAACAUCAGUCCCCAAGUUAUAUGAAGAAAAGCUAUGUGAAGAAAAAGUAUUGACAACCGAUGAAAUUGACAAUAUUCGACAAGGCCAACAAGAUAUUCUAAAUUCUCAAUUGAAGAAGAGUGAUGAUUACAAAGUAGAUCCAGCUUAUCAUUUACAAGGCAAUUGGAAAGGCAUGGAACAUAUAGUGAAAGGACAAUCAGAACAAAUAGAUACCGGAUUGGAUCGUGAUACAUUGAUUCGUGUGGGCAAGCAAUCAGUGACAGCUCCUGAAGGUGUCAAGGUUCAUCCACGUCUGAAGAAGUACCAUAUUGACUCUCGGUUGAAAAAAUUGGAUCAAGGUACUGGUUUAGACUGGGCUACAGCUGAAGCAUUGGCAUUUGGUUCUCUUUUAGAAGAAGGACACGGUGUUCGAAUUUCUGGUCAAGAUGUAGGUCGUGGUACAUUCUCUCAACGUCAUGCUAUGUUUGUCUGUCAAGAUACCGAAGAAGCUGUGAUUCCAUUGAACGAAAUCAACAAGAACAAUCCAAAUAGUCAUGGUUAUUUGGAGGUUGCCAAUAGUCCUUUGAAUGAAUUUGCUGUACUUGGUUUCGAAUAUGGUAUGUCUAUUGAAACACCAAAUCGAUUGGUUAUUUGGGAAGCACAAUUUGGUGAUUUCUUCAAUGGAGCACAGAUCGCUAUUGAUACCUUUAUUUCCAGUGGUGAAGAGAAAUGGCUUCGACAAAGUGGAUUGGUGAUGUUGCUUCCUCAUGGUCAAGAUGGUGCUGGUCCCGAACAUUCAUCUAGUCGCGUGGAACGUUUCUUACAGGUAUUUAAAAAAAAUAGGGGAAAAUAUCCUAUUACUUACUCACUUUUUCUUCUCUCAACGCAUGAUAUAGAUGUCCAAUGA